AUGUUGGGUGUCAUACCUAUCCUCGCUAUUAGUUUUGCGGCAGCAGCUGGUGCUUUAAUUGUUGGUGGUAUUGGUCUGGCUGUUUCAUCCAAAGUUGGUUCAGCUUAUGGAAAAGCAGUCGGUCAGAUGUAUGAUAAUGGACAAUGGGCAACGGGGAAUGGAUAUCAAUAUUAUCAACAGGACCCAUAUUAUGGACAAAAUGUUUAUUAUACACCAGCCCAUAGACGACAUCACCAUCACCGUUCGGGAUACUAUUACUAG